UAUAAAAAUAAAAAUCAGUCGAAGAAAAGCAGGGAUACUCAUUGGUACAAUGACGAGGAGGUGGAUAGUUAUUUUACAAUCAUCUCACGAUCGUAUGAUAACGUAUUCGUUUUAUCGUGUAUAUUUUACACGGCGUUAAGAACCCAUGGCAUAUCAGUCGUGUCCAGAUGGUUAAAAAGAUUAAAAGCAUACCAUACCUUAAUGUUAAUUCCAGUAAUUUUAGACAGACAUUACAUGCUGGUGUCGGUUUACCUGAAGACUGGUCGUAUUGUCAUCUACGACAGUCUAAAAGGAAAUAGCAUUAAGGUUAUAGGGGAAUGCAUUAAAUCAUUCAUGGAGUCCAGUGAUAUUACUCUGAAAGAAACGAAAUGGGUGGUCGUGAACGGUGAGUGUCCCGUUCAAACAAAUGAUUUUGAUUGUGGUCCGUGGGUUUGUGCAAUGGGACUUUGCUUGGCCAAAUCAAUUAACUUCUGGUUUACUCAGGGUAACAUGCAGGAUCUUAGAAAAGAUCAAGCGUCUUCCAUUGAAUCGAAUUCCUUAGUGGAAAAAGCUGCAACUGUUGCUACCAAUCGUCUCCGUGUAUCAUGUUAAACCCACACGGUCGACACUGGCAUAUUCGCUUUAUUUGAUGAACCGUAUUAUAUGAGAUAUGUCAAACAAUAUUCGAUCGGAUAGGAGAUGAUUGCCACUACCUCUACCGCCCUACCAUUUCCAGGUGUCGGUAACAUGGAC